GGCAUUAUUCUGACUGACUUCAAAUGACGAGUCGUCUUGAGAAUUUAACCAAUCAAGUGCAGACUUUAAGGAGUCAGUUAUUAAAGCAGAGUGCAGAGAGAGACUCAUGCAGCUCAGCAGAGGGGGUCGGGGGGGGGAUUCCUCUGGCCAGGAAGGUGUGUUACGCUGUGGGAGACGUCCCGUAUCAGAUUACCACAGCGGCUAUCAAUGUUUCCCUGCAGCUUUUUCUUCUCGAUGUUGUGCAGAUGGAGGCCUCCUAUGUCUCCGUGAUUCUGUUUGUGAGUCGGGCCUGGGACGCUGUGACUGACCCUCUGGUUGGUUAUCUGGUGAGCUGCAGUCCCUGGACCCCCAUCGGCAAACUCACUCCAUGGAUGAUUGUCUCGGCUCCAUUUGGGAUCCUGUCCUAUCUGCUGCUGUGGUCGGUGCCAGAAGGACGGACGUCUCAGGGUCUCCGUGUGCUGUGGGUCCUCUCAGCUGCCUGCCUGUUUGAGACCCUCAUGAGUUGCUACAACGUCCCCUACCUGUCACUCAGCAUGUCCCUGGGAGGAGGUCCCGGAGACCGAGACUCGGCCACGGCCUACAGAGUGAGUGUGAAGCUGAUGGCCAUGCUGUUGGCUUCUCUGAUGCAGGGUCGAGUUGUAGCUGUGUACAACACGGAAAAACAAGAGGUCUGUCAACAUCUGGACCAAGCUACGGAAACAACAGCUCAUACUGUGCCGCUACAAGAAACGAAAAAAGCCUUCCUGACCUCCGCUCUGGUCAUGGGUGCCUUGUUUUUCCUCUGCAGCCUGGUUCUCUUCCUGGGGGUGAAGGAGCAGCGGGCCCCUCUCUGCUCUGAUGACAAAGUACGGCCGCCCUACUUCACCUCCCUGAAGAUGCUCAUACGUCACGUUCCCUACCAGCGACUGGUGCUUGGCUUUGUCUUUAGUGUACUUGCAUUUCAGCUGUCCUUGGGUAAUUUUGCACUCUUCUGCAGCCAUGCAGCUGGGCUGGGAGCCCAGUUCCAGCACCUUCUACUGGUUUUACUGGUGUCUGCCUUAGUAGCGGUCCCUCUGUGGCAAAUGGUUCUUUUAAGGAUAGGAAAAAAGGCCACAGCGUUCUUCGGCCUAUCACUCUUCAUCCCAGCAGUGAUAAUAAUUGCCUGUGUUCCCAGUAACCUCCCAGUCUUCAUGAUUAUGUGCGUUCUGAUGGGAUUCAGCCUGGCGACCAUAUUCUUGCUACCCUGGUCUAUGCUCCCAGAUGUGGUGGACGACUUCGCUGCGAGACAUCCCUCCUGCAAAGACCUGGAGCCCCUGUUAUUCUCCUGUUACGCCUUCUGCAGUAAGCUGGCGGGGGGCGUGUCUGUUGGCAUCUCAACCAUGAUAUUACAGUUUGUGGGCUACAGACCGGGUGCAUGUAACCAUGGCGACGGAGUGGCGACGGCGCUGACUGUGCUGUUCUCACCAGUUCCCAUCGCACUUCUGCUGAUAGGAAUGGUCUUUUUUCGCUCCUAUCCGAUUAACGAGAGGCGAUGUUUUCAGAUCCAGGAACAGCUGACCACAGACCACCCAGAAACAUCAUCCUCCUCAUCAGAGCCAAGAGAAAACGCAGAGCAGCCAAGAGUUCUGCAGCGGUCCAAUGCUGGUGCGACAUCAACUUCCCAUCCUUACACAAAGACCAACACAUUGUACAAGUCCGCUUCCUCACCAGGUUGUUACAUUCACGAUGAAACAUGCUCAGUCGAUGAAUCAAAGAGCCCGUCUGGAGAAUACAGCGGGCCGAAAUCAGUCGUCCCGUCAAAUGUAAAUCCUCAGUGUCAUGAACAGAGACUCAGCUCCCAACAGCACUCAGGAGAUGAUGAACCGGGCGGAUUUUUUUCUGAGAAUGAUCCUGGGCCUUCCCCUCGCGGGUCACAUGGGAGAUCCAAAAUGUCAUGGGUAUAGCCGGAUACCUUAAAGCGAUAGUUUGACAUCUUGGGAGAAAUGCUUUACUUUCUUCAAAUAUGAAGCUGCAGUCAGUUAGCUAGCUGUGUCCUUCUGCUGCCAGUGUUGAUGCUAAGCUAAGCUAACUGCCUGCUUCCUCUAGCUUUAUAUUGAGUGUACGGACAUCUUUCCAUCAAAUGCUUAGUUUCCCAAAAUGUUGAACUAUUUCUUUAAAAAGUGACAUGCAGUGGAACACUGGAUUUGUAUUAAGUGAAUAUGGUGAAGAAAAUACUGAUUUUGACUGUAUGCUUGCUGUCAUAAAAGGUCCUGUCAAUAAUUUUCAUGGAUGCUUGGACAUCACAUAUGUCUUGACAGUCUUUCUCUUUCAAUUGUUCCUCUUGAUUUUGAUUUGUAUUUGUUUUUGUUUUUUUACAAUGUUGUCUAAAAUACUGUUUAUUUUAGAGAGGACGCUUUUGCUGUCCCUAUGAUUUGUGACUUUUUGAAAGUUAGCUUCUUCAUUUUAAAUAGCCAAUGCUUGUAGUCAAAGUUUCAAACGCAUGCUUGAAAGUUGUACUUUGAACACCAUGCUUGUAAAUGUUCUAUUUUUAAAAUCACACUCCUCUGCGACAUUUCUGCAGCUGUUUGAAUAAAUAACUUUUG